AUGGGGGUUUCCAUUGACCGUAGUUUGGCAACAGUGAAAGAUGAGACUAUGUGUCAUAGGAUCAAAAGGUCUCCACACCUUGACACUCAUGUGAUCCGCUCUAUAUUGAACAUCAUGCGAGACAAUCCAUAUGUUCAAGUAUUUAAGAGUCUUGGCACUCUUUCCAACUUGGAUAGCUAUAGUAUUGCGCUAAAUACAAGUAUUUCUGUUGACCAGAGAAGAUAUAAUGCACCUACAAUGGAACAAGUUGCUGCUAUAUGGUUUGAUGGAAAUGACCCACAACAAAGGCCAACGCUUGUUGACCUCAAUGAUAUCUCAGAGAAGAAUGUACAUAAAGAACAAGUAGGAACUCUUCCAAAGGACAAGAAUAUAAAUGACAAUGAAGAUGUAACUGAUGGACAGGAAAUUACGGAGUCACGACAAUAUGUCAGCGCUAGGGAAUAUCAAUGUUUCAAGCUACAAAUUUGUGAGGGAGAAUUUAAUGUCAUGUUUCAUGGUGGAAGGCUUUUCCAGCAAUGGGUCGUUGAUAGCUAUGUGAAGGUGGAGUCAAUGCGGUUAGACUUGUACUCAAAACUGGCGCAUCAAGAUCUAAUUCGUGCUGAUCUAUACCAGGUGUUUCCCAAACUCGAGGCAAAUUGCACCUCUACAAAUUAUAUGCGGGAACGUGCGAUUCUUUCAACUCCAAAUGAGCAUGUUGAUGCAGUGAACGCAAUAAUGAUCAAGAGGUUUCCUGGAAAUGAGAAGGUAUACUAUAGCUUUGACUCGACGGAUGAUGAUACAAGGAAUAAUUACCGUCUUGAUUUUCUAAAUUCUAUUACACCUAAUGGGUUGCCUCCUCAUGAACUUAAGAAGGUUUGGUUGGAAACUGAUUGUCAAGAGCUUGUGAGCCUGUGA